AUGAAACUUCCAAGUGGUCGUCUCUGCAAAAGACCAGUCAACCUGUUGGUCCCGCUGGAGCUAGAAGAGCACAUCGAGCCUGGAAAAGAAGCAAACGAGCGUAGCCAGGCUGCUGACGCUAAGCGAUAUAACCUUCGCCCACGACGGAAAGUCAGCUACAAGGAGGAUAGCGGGCACGCAGCCGCAGUCACUUCGUCAAUCAGUAGAUCAAUCGCGACAUCGACUCUUUUCGUCUGCUUGACAAUGCUCCUAAUAAUACCAGGAGCCCUAUCCUUAUCUCCAACAGCAACCAUAUCGGGCGGACAGCUAACGUGUAUCGAAGGAGGCGUAUCCAUUAUUACACGACAGAUACGUAGCUUCGAACUUUGCGUUGAGGGAAUCUGCCAAGUAUCAAACAAUCCCCGGGACAACGAAACGAUUCUCUUUCCUCCAGAAGUGCUAUUACAUAAACAUCAUGUGCAACUGAAACUGUCUGACGGACAAAACAUAACAGUACUGGAAACAUCCUGUCCGGAAGUGGCAUUUUGUGAACAUGUCCGUUGUUGGUUGUGUACUGCCAACAUUUUCAAUCCCCAGUGUUCACCAAGAACGGCCAUCGCAGGGAUCGCUAUAAUCGUUUACAUCGCCAUCGCUCUUCUCUACGCCUUGUGCUACGUCCCACUCGUUAUAGGGAAACCGUUCCGUAUCGGGGGUAGGAUAGCGUGGUCAAUCUGCAGAGGCUUCUGUUGGUGUUUAAGGAGGAUCCGUAGGUGGCAAGGACAUCGCAGAAGAAGAUUUGACGUCGAAACAUUGCUACGCGCACCACUCAUCGCAGCUGCUAUGGUCAUCAUCGUUGCUUCAGCCACCUUGGCUUGCCAGGACAUCAACGUGUUCUCAAGCGAAAACUCCAUCUGCACAAUUUCAUCAAAGGGUAAAAAGGAAUGCUCACUGGAAACCACAGAGAUCGUCAAAAUCAACAGUUUCAGCAGAGAGGGUUGCAUUCGACUUUUCGACAACAGCACGGUGCAGAAAGAAAUUCGGAUCCAGUGGAAAGGAGUACGGUUAACCUGCCAGAAAACAAACGCAUUUUUCACCAGGAGUACAAGCCAGCGCACAAUCGACUCCAAGCGCUGCUCACAUUCUGGCUCAUGCGUCGCAAGUAAAUGUGAGUCAAUCAAAACCACAUCGCUGAUACCAGAAUUGAGUCAAGGCAACCAGUAUCCUGGAAUCACCAGAUGUGUAGAAAGCUGCGGAGGGCCCGGGUGUGGAUGCUUCUACCUCAGCAGCGGAUGUCUCUUCUAUCGCAUUUUUCACGUUCCAGUAGACGAGAAAGUGUAUGAACUCUUCAAAUGUUCGAUAUGGAAGGAAGAGGUGCUCCUAGAUGUUACAGUCAUCUCACACAAGCACAAGACCAUUACAAAUAGGACCACAGCGGUGAAACCAACGACGGAAAAGACUUCGCGAUAUGGAACCAAAAACAAGCACCUUCAUCUUCAAUGCGACUCAGAGGAAUCGGCUAGGACACUGAACUGCACCGCCACCACUUCGUGCAAUUGCGAUCCUGCCGAAAAUAAGGUGAAGUGUCUGUGCCAGGACGUCAACAUAACAGAGUCCUUCACGAAAGAGAUCGGAAGUCGUUUCCCUAUCAGACGACCAUGGAUAACCUUCACAGCGGAUACCACCAAAAAAGUAACAGCUCACAUUCCAUCACUAGUGGCCGCUGAAGUAUUCGUGCAGCUACGUGAGAAAUUUGAGAGGACGGUGAAGGUCGUCACAGACGAAAGAUGCAUGGUUCCAAAUUCUGUAGCAAAAGGAUGUUACCGAUGCCUCCAGGGAGCAGAGGCAGAAAUCUACUGCACAACAGACGGAAACUCAACCAUGGCCACAGUUCAAUGUGACGAAGAAUACUUCACGAUCCCAUGUACUCCGAGCGGAGCGACGACAAUAUGGCGUUUCAGCCAUCCGUCCGCCAAAGUAAAAAAGGAAUGUCAGGUUUCGUGCGGCAGUACAACCACCCGAUUUGAGAUAACGGGAAUACUUCAGUGGGUGCGCACCCUUAGUGGUGCCGCCGCUCGUAUCGCUCAGGGAGAGAGUAACGUAUACAACGAGAUGAUACUACCAGAUUUCAGCCAUAUCUUUGACGUCAUACUGCACUGGUACAAAACGCUGCUAUCAACAGUAGUACUAGUUGCUCUAGCUCUGAUCGUCGGAUAUAUACUACUAUGGACGUGCGGACUCCGCGUCUUGAUCCAGUUAAUACGUACUCCAUUCCGACUCAUGAGCCGAAUUAUCAAAAUCGUUACCAAAUCGAAGCCUAAUCAGCAGCGUUUGCCCCAGGCCAACCCUCGAAGCCGUCCCCAACCCCCACCCCUCCCCACCCGAAACCCGUCUUCCUCGUCAAAAACCAGCACAGAAACGUCUGAAUGUGCUACGUCGAAAAGAAAACUGGGUGGACCUCAGUCUUCAGGAGAGGAAGAUCUCCUCUUCAAAAAAGGACAUGCAUCCGGCACGUUCCUCAAAGAUCUUCUGCACCAAGGAGGUCGCAUCCUAUUGCAUGCGGCCAGCAAAGUGGAUCAGCUAGCUCCAGCUGUUGUCCCUUCACAUGAGGCAAUACAACAUCUCCAGCAGCUAGAGCAGCAGAUAAAAAAUCAACAGGAACAAAUCACCCAGAUGCAGAAUGCCGUAGAAGCGAAAAUGGAAAAGCUCCUUACAAAGACGGAAUCCUUGAUUACCCGUGUUUCGGAAAUGGAGAAGAACAAUACAAGGACCGAAGACAUGAACACGCUCGCAAAGACAAUUUGUGAAGACCUUUUCAAAAGACUGCAGAACUUCUUCGAGUCGAAAAACGCGCACAGUGCUUUAUGCCAACCGUCCACCGAGCGGAGUAGCCGCAUCCAAUCGGACGUCCCAAAACAACACGCGCCGGCCGAGCCCCUCCCAGAGGAGGAAAGAAUCAAACGGCAACUAAGAGAAACGGAGCGAGAAUUAGAAACAGUUGAGAAGGAGCUCGUUGGAGUCAGGAACGCGAUUGAGGCGGAAUGGGAGCCGGACGACGAUGAGAAAGAGGUAUCGCACGAGAGAUUGGAUCGUCUCAGGGAAAGAAAAUACCGUCUCCAAGCUAAUAAAGCGCGACUCGAGCAGGAAAGAAGACAGUUGCAUGGCCGAUUGGAAAAGGAACGUAGACAGAAGCACAGCAAUCCGGAAAACGAGACAAGGCAAAAGGACAACAAUCGAGGAGUCAAACGUAGCAGGACACAGGAACAUCAGAUGGAACGUAAAGACGACAGGAAUCGACCGCGUAGCAGGGAUCAGACGGAGGAAGACGGUGCACAACGUGAUCGGAACAGACACGCAAGAGAUCGCAGCAAACGAAGAGAGAGGCGCACAGAGGACAGUCGAGACGAUGAGUCACGCGAGAGCAAAAGGCGACGCGACGGAGAAGCUGACAAGAGGCAGGGAAGACAGCGAGCGGACACUGACCACACCUCACCCGAACAUGUCCCGUCCGACUGCACUACAGCUGACCACAGCGAGAGCUGUUAA